AAAGUCUUCUAUACCGGCUGGUUUAAAAUUUUCUACAUACGUUCGUUACUUUGUCACCUGAUCGCGCCACUAAGCACUCCUGCUGCUCCGCGUAGUGUGUGAUUCAGUGUCACGUGACUACGCACGUCGGGCAUGCGUGGUUGGAGGAGUUGGACUUGGAGCCCUUGGAGGACAGACCGAACGAAGCAUGAUUGUGUUGAACGCACCAUAGCGUCUUUUUUAUCGGUGGUAAAUACGGGACAUAUUUAGUAAGAAUUAGUCAACAUGGCUAACCCUAACCUUACGGAUAUGACAGAGGAGGAUGCGGCGGAUCUGCAAUUUCCGAAAGACUGUUUAUUGAGUCCGACAGAUAAAUCUGAGCAUGACGUAGACCUCGAGGUGUCAGUCUUGAAGGACAAAAUUCUUGCCUCAGAUCCGAUGUGCCGCGUGUGCAGGUCUAUCCUCGCGGAACCCUAUAUCCGUUGCGCCAUAUGCACCGACGUCGAGAUAUGUCCACCUUGCUUUGCCAAGGGCUGCGAGAUCGACGAGCACAAGAACGAUCACGACUACGUGAUUAUAAAGAACGAAUUCCCUCUGAUGGACGGCAGCGGUUGGACUGCUAAGCACGAGCUCGAGUUGCUGGAUGUCCUGCAGCAAUGCGGCUUCGGAAAUUGGGUAGACGUGAGGCGUAGGAUGCACGGAAAGUCUGCCGAAGAGUGCAAGACGCAUUAUUUGCAGCACUACAUAGACAAUCAGACGCUGCCCGGUCUGCCGAAGAUCAAGGAGAGUAGAGCCAGCUUAUUCGGUUGCGAACCGAUACCUUACACAUACAAGUUGCAAGACCUGGAGGAACCGCCCAGAUUCGCCACGAACACGGUAAACGGCAGAUUAUUGUCAGGUUAUAACGCGGCUAGGUCCGAUUUUGAGGUCAAUUUCGAUAAUCACGCGGAGUCACUGAUAUCCGAUCUCGAAUUCGACGAGUUUCAACCGGGCGACGAUGAGCACGAGUUAGGGCAGGCUCUGCAAGCGGCAAUAGUGCAGGCGUACAACAACAGAUUGAAGGAGCGCGCGAGAAGACACAGAAUUAUACGCAAGCACGGACUAAUCGCAUUUCGCAAAGUCAUAUCGUCGAUACAGAGAUACGAGAAUACGAUAACGCGACCGCUCGCUGAGAGACUGCUGAUAUUCAUGCAGCUUGUGAAUGGGAUGGAAUUUGACCUCCUCAUGGAAGGUAUCCACCGCGUCGGCGAGCUGAGGAACCGUAUCAACAGGUUACUGGAAUUCAGGCGAAAUGGGCUCAAGCACUUCUACAGCGUACCCAUGUUCCAAAAGCUAAGUAACCUGAGGCAGGAGAACGAGCGGGAAAAAAAGCAGUAUCUGAACAAUCCGGAAUACAGCUGGAGAAAUGUUUUGCCCGACACCGUUGCUAGUAGCUGUAACAGUCCGAUUCUCGGAGGCACGCAACGUAAAACCGCGCCCCCUCUCGCCAUAAAGGGUUUACUGGGAUACGAGAAACUCAACGCCGACGAGAAAGAGCUUUGCUCCGUUGUGAGAAUCGUGCCCGCCAAUUAUUUAGAUUUUAAGCAACUCUUAAUAACGGAAAGCAAAAAGAAUGGUUAUCUUAGAUUAGCCCAGGCUCGUAUCCUCCUAAAAAUUGAUGUGAACAAAACACGAAAGAUAUAUGAUUUCUUGGUGGAAAAGGGAUACAUAAAUAAGCCACCUCAAUGACUAUUUGAAUGUAAUCGACACGAAUUUGAAAAUGCAGAGACAUUGUUGAUCUCGGAAGUCUAUAUGCUUCUUGAGCACAGAAAAGCUCAAAACGAAUCAGCGGAAGAGGAACA